AUGGCCAAAGAAGUUACCAGUCAGGAUCCUUGGUUGUUUAUUGUAACCUUGCGGCGGUUUUUUCUUGGUGCUAAUGCCUUAGGAGAACUUACUAGGCCACCAGGAUCGGGAAAGUAUUAUGUUAUUGAUGCUGGAUAUCCAAACAUGCCUGGUUUUCUUGCUCCAUAUCGGGGAGUUCGUUAUCACUUACAUGACCGUAGAAGAGGAAGCAAUGGAAGGUUCACUGCAAAGGAGUUGUUUAAUUUUGGGCAUUCUUCAUUAAGGAAUGCAAAGGAGCGAAGCUUUGGAGUUCUUAAAUCUCGCUUUCCAAUUUUGAGAGAUCCUGCCUCAUUUCCAUACAACACCCAGGUACAAAUAUUAAUAGCAACAUGUGCAAUUCACAAUUUCAUUAGGACGGAAUCCAAGUCUGAUGAACUGUUUGCAUAUUAUGCAAAUGAAGAAAAUGUCAUAGAUGUUGAUACAUCCCCGCCUGAUGAACCGGCGUUUAGUGGUAUGUACGCACAUCAACAAAGAAGAAGUGAAAUGAAUCACGUGAGAGAUGAAAUUGCCGAUGCCAUGUAUAGGUUUCGAUACCGAAACUAG